UUUUUUUUCUUAAAUAUUAUUAUUUAAUUACAUAUUUAUUCUUUUGUUUUUGCGCGUGGAUUUUUCCAUUCUCUUAUUUCUUUUUUACUUGCCUAAUUCUUGGCCCCUUUGUAGACAAGAAAUUGGACGCUAUUAUGUUUAUCUAUAAAACUUGUUCGUGUCGAGUCGACCCUGGAACCUGUAUGCAAAACCUGAAGUGGCGAUCGUCACUGUGGCUCAGAGGUCUUAAACGCCCACUUGUUCGUUCGUAGUUUUCUGUCAGCCAUGCAGAUAGCCACACAUGGGUGGGACAUACACCUUAGUUGUAAAGGAUUUCGAUGAUUGACAGGGCCAUCUGUCGAAUUCGUCACCCAAGGCAAGGGUUUCUCCAGGCGAAUCUUGGUACACAAUACGCCAAAGGCGGGAGAAUGAAUGGAGCCGAUAAAGAAUGGUCCACUUCACGUGUCUUCCAGGGGGUGCUGAAGGAAUGGUGAAUGAGGAAUGGACAUUAAGUGGGCCGGCCCUCCGUCUGAUCCCCUGGAC